GAACGCGGAGCCGUCCUUGGUGGAUAUAGCUUCGGAGUUGGGCCUACCUUGCGAGCAUAUGCAUCGGAACAGGCUGGUGGAUAGCAUCGUUCUGUCGCUCUGUCCGCUGCGAGCGCCCGGGGCGGAAGAUGAUGUGAGGUAUCACUUUUGGCGCUGGCUCGCAGAUUGCCGGACCGUUCCUGCAGCAGACCUCGUAGCAAAGGCAUCUGUCAGUUUUCCUGCGACACAGCUACGGCGAUCCAUGCUUAGUGUUUGCGAAGAUGUUCCGUUGGAAAGUAUUGAGAGGAGGCAUGGAAGCGCGGCCGCGGAGCUGGAGCAAUUGAGCCAGGCCACCGUUGCAGUCUUGCAACACCUUUCUGCUUUGAAUGUUCAGUUUCCAGCUGAAGUGCCAGAGACUUGGACCACUGCGAUGGAACAACUGCAAAGCAUCAGAUGGCCAGACCGUUUGUCUGGAUUGCAGCGCAGUAGUUUGCUGGCUGUGUUGUUGGAGAAUCGGCCGCUACAGCGCAGAGGUUGGUGGCAGUUGGUGGAUUGCUGGGAUCGCGCAGAUCCAGUGGAUGUAGCAGAGCGACUGUGGAGCCUGGCCACAUGUCAUCAAGCUGGACCAGCAGUGGAGCCAGACAGUGGCUUCCAGGAUCGAGAAGAUGUUUUGGAGGUGGGUCGGCAGAAAGCGUGGGACUUUUGCAAGGUUUAUGUGGACGUUUGGUUCGGAGAAACAGCGGUCUUGGGCGCACUGAAGCACAAGCACAAGAGUCGUGGAUAUGACGAGGCAGACAAACUCUUGUUGCGCACUUUGAUGCGGCGCUAUGGCUGGGAAAGACAUCUGGACGAGAGCGCAGCGCGCACGUGGAUGGAAACCUUUGAAGCAGUCAAGAAGGCAGAGGAUUGGUCUCGUUUUGCUUGGUUUCUGGUCGCGCACUUGUUGCACCCUGCUUGUCGUGAGAGUUUGCGUGCGUGGCACAAUCCGGUGACCGUUUUGGAGUCGAGAUUAGACCGCAGUGGUAUUGCCCAGGAGGUGGUUACUUUGCACGAUGACUUGUUGGCCUGGCAAGAUCUCCACGGGUGUUCUUCGUUGCCCGAGAAGAAGCAGCAUGCAGACUUGGCGAAGAGGGUGGGCAAGUAUUUCAACAGCAGGGAGGCGCGUGUGAGGACCCUCCAGAAAGCUUAUCCUCCAGACUUUGCGCCGCUGCCGGGUUACAGAGUUGAGUGUUUGUCCUUGGAAGGCGAUUCCCUGCGUGGUGUACUCUGGCGGUCUGCAGCUGAACGUGCUCUGAUGUUUUCGAUCCCUGGAUGGAGAGAAGAGGGCAAGGGCAAGGAGGAGUUUCAUCCUUUGCAGGAUUUCUGUAAGCAUUGGUUGCCAGAAGCAGACGAGAUGGAGUGUCUUGAUUUGUUGACCAACACACAGCGCCCUGUCACGUGGAAGCUCGAGCAAGUCGCGAGACGAUUGGACUGUUCACCCACGUUUUCUGGUGUGCAAGAAGCCUUAGCCAAGCGCUUACUGCGAUCUUUCCCUGAGGAUGCAGGUGACUGCCUACAGAAAUUCUGCUGUAGAUUGUGUCCAACCGACUGCGCAGAUGCAAAGUCCUUCAAAGAGCACGUCGCACAGGAGCACGCUGGCGUCGGGCUGCAAGAUACUCCCCGGAUGCUGAUUGAGUAUCGCAAGAAGAUUCUCGUACCAGGUAUGAGCAGACAGAGGACAAUAGCUGCCAACUUUGAUGAGCGCUUGCGUUGCCCUGCAGGCACGAGUGAGGAGGGCCGAAUGGAAGCUGCCUGUGUGGUGUGCGCUCGACGUUUUUGGGCGCAUGAGUUGAACAAGGUGCUACUCUUCACCGAUCCUGCCCAAGCAGAAGGGCUACCACAGCUCCCGGAUGGAGUGGAUGCAGCAGUCCGUCCAUCCCAGCAGCAUCGACUGUGCCGCCUGCUGGGAGUUCCACGCUAUGCUGAGCGCUGGCCGCACAUUGCUUUGGAGGAGUUGCAGAAGUCUGCCGUUGAACAUCCUUUCCUCCCAGGUGAAUAUGUGCUCUUGCACCGGCGGCGCAUGCCGGAAGACGCACGACAGCCGUCCCCUGUUUGCCGGGACUGCCGCACCAGCCUGACAGCCCAGGUUCUGACCUUGCCGCGCCACGCCCUGGCGAAUGACCUGUGGCUUGGCAGAGCCUUGCCAGAGCUUCGUUCCCUCUCCGCGGGGACGAAGCGGCUCUUGCCCCUGGUGCGUGUGUGCAUGCAGGUCACCGUCCUGCAGCCGGUGGUGCUUCCCCACGCCGAACGGCAGAAGGGCUUCAUCGGGAACACCAUCUUUUUGCCGCAAGCUAGUCCUUCCUCAGUCGAAGCAGUGUUGCCACCCCGCGCAGAGGACAUGGCCGAGCACAUCUUGUUCGUCUUGGUGGGCCACAACAGAGGCGACCUGCGAUCGUCGGCCACGAUGCAGGCACCUCGAGAGGAAUACGUUGCCGCUGUCGAGCGCCUCCGACAAACUUCCAAGUACUACGCGGAGGCAGCGGUCGAUCUCAGUCGAUGGUCUGGCCAGGAGGAGACUAUGUUUGAAGGCUGUGUCCUUGAGACGGACGCAGACAGCUAUUUGGCGAGAGAGCUCUUACAACGGGGACCGGCGGACGCUCAAGGCCAAGAGAGCAGCCAGCAGGAGGAGGACGACGCUGGCAUGGCGGAGGACACUGCGGAGUCCGGCGAGCGAGCACACGAAGACUCAGGACAGUUGCGUUUGGUCUGUGGGUUGGUAGGUCAUCUGAUUUCCAGCAUAGUCGGCCUGAAUGACACCUCGGACGAUGAGAAUCGUUGGUUGCGGGUUUGCCGAGAUGUGGAGGAUCUGUGUCGUCGAAAGCCUCGACAGUAUGACACUGAUGCAGAGCUGGUCGCGCGCAAUCGGGCCAACAAUGACCUGGGUGUGGGUGCUGCGCAGAUGGAAGGAGCAAAUCUACUGGGUCGAGAAGGCGCGCACGAACGUGGAGUCCUUCGUCGCAUCCGCCAGGUCCAGACUGUGGCCGCGCAUGGGGUGGAGACAGAGCGACAAGCGCAAGGGCAAAUGUUUGAGGUCAGGCCACAGAAGUUGGUGGUGCCUUCUCGAGAUACCCCUCUGAGCAUGUUUGAGCCAGGGACCUGGGCAAUGGCUUUUCCUACGUUGUUCCCUUGGGGUGACGGGGUGCCUUUCUUGAAGAGGGAGACGAGCAUGGAAGCUUCUGAAGUGUUUCGUUAUUUGCUCCUACGCGAAGAGCUCCAGUACAGCGGUGAGGGAGGUGUUGAAGAUGAGGUCCCUGCACUACCUCGAUGGAGUUUGUCGGCCGCUCGGGACGACGAGUGGUUGCGUCAUCUUUUUUGGGGACCAGAUUUCUGGUUAAUGUCUGUUGAGCAGUUGCUCCCGACGCUGUAUGAUGUCCAACGUCGUUUGACGUUGAUGCGGACCUCCAAGGCCUAUGUCAAGAGGAGUGGCUUCGGCCGCCACUGCUCGGUCAUAGCCUCCGUGACCUCCGAGCACCUCCUGAAGGCCAUGGCGCUGCACGGGGAGAAAGCGGACAUCCGCGAGUUGCUCCGCUCCCCGGACGUGGGUAGCGUCCUACAGGCCAGUUCCAACGUUUUGGGCGCAGAAGGUCACCGAUCUCAGAUCCGUCUGCGAGGCCACGCAGCUGGGUGGCAUUACGGCCCAAGUCACAUUUUUGUGACACCGAACUUGGCGGACUCGCGAGCUUCUCUGCUCUUGCAAUUGCAUCUGCAGGGGGGCUCGCGAGUCGAGGCCUAUGAGGUCGACCUGGCCUGGGACCUCGAGGCACCAGCACUGCCCUCGCUGAGCGCAAUGCGUCGCAUUCUAGCUGCCGACCCAGUCUCUCAAGCAAGGUUUUUUGACGUGAUGAUGACCUUGUUCUUUGAGGAGAUAUUGGGCACGUUGCCGCCGCUUACCCGCGCCAGCUUCCGAGGCGGUCUUGCCAGGGACUUCGAAGAUGGUUUUGCUGCUUCCACUCAUGCUGGUUGCUUUGGAGAUGUGGCAGCCUUUUGUGGCCCUCUUGAGACGCAAGGACGCGGUUCCAUGCACCCACAUAUUCUGGUUGUGCUUUUGGGGCACGACCUGGGCAAUCGCCUUCGCUCUGUGUUGGCCACCGCAGCGCGUGGGGAACUGGUCAUUGAGUUGGAACGCUGGAGUCGCGCCGUCCUACAAGCAGCCAGCCGUAUUCGCUACGACAGCCAGCAAGCUCUCAGUCAGCAGUUAGAACAAGAAGUGUGUCCACUACCGCUGAGCGAAAAUCAGCGUGCUGCAUGCGGAAGGCAAUACAGCGACGCGCCACUGAGGUCAACGGAGCCAGACGGCCACGAAGCGGCGACGGAGUCCAGUACACCUCUCCGACUGACCGGACGCUUCGCUUCACUACGUCCGCAUUAUGUCAGGAGGAGCAAGGCCGCUGCUUUCAACGCGGCCAGUUGGAACGCUGCAAAAGGCAAGCGGGGAUGUCGAUUUGGCUGCUUCCACGUCGAACUACACAAAGAAACUGAAGACUCUGGACUGGAGAAGGUACGCGCGCGUUGUUUGAAGGGAUGGCCUCGAGUUCAGCGUGCGCAGUUUAUGAUUCUACCACGUGAAAAUGUUCCAUUGGAGGAAGAGGAGGCCAUGAAGAAUGAGAACCCCCAUGUCUUUCAACCUCAACGGGACCAUCCCUUCGAAGGCAUGUCGAAUCCCAUAGCUCAAGUCAGCAUGCGGUGCAACGUCGACGUGAAAUACUUGGGACGUGGUUUUUGCGAUGCCGAUUUGCAGAAACUGGCUGCCAAUGAAGAGGAUGGAGACGGACAGGGCGGAGACGCACAGCCACCAGACGGGGAGCGCAAAAAGAAGGACAAGAGCUUGGACGCGCGGUUGCACAGAGUUGUUGUGGAUAUGUUUCGGGACAUGCAGGAUGUGCAAUUUUAUACUGGGGAGUACGCGAGCAAGAAGUUCGAAGUGUCUCGAUCUCUGCUACCGGAACUCUUUGCCGGCGUUCAGCGUCUUGAAGCUGAAGAGGCGGCACCGGUGCCCGAGGCUGCGCCGUUGCCUGCAGAAGUGGCCAGGUUGCGUGCUUUGAGUUUAUUGCGACGUCUUGCUUUUGGCAUGCAGAGAUGUGUUGCGAAGUCCAAUGGGGAGAUGGCCUACCAACUUUUGUUUCAGCAGGAGCAACUGGUCAGCUACAGUGGCUACAACAUGUUCUUUCGGUUUGUGCCCUAUGCCAUGUUUCGUUGUCGCGCAGUGGCCUUGGACGCAGCCGCCGCCAGCGCGCCUCAUUUGAAAGUUCUGCCCCUGGAGCCUGUGGAGGCUGAAGAGACUGACGCAAUCCCUGUGCAAGAGGUUGCUGAGGUAUUCGACGAGGAAGAUUUGACGGAAAGUGGGAUCCCGACAGGUGGCACGAGGGUUGUGUCGCACAAUCAGAAGGAUGAUUACUUGCAUCGUGGUGCUUCAGAGUUGCGAACAGCAGACGACAAUGUUGUGGUGCCUGUGGAUUUGCGCCUUCCGGGGCAGAAUGAACCUGAGAAAUACGCUGCGUUUAUGCUGGGUUUGUCGUUGCCCUUUCCACGUUGCCCGGGUGCACAGCAUUGUGGAGAAGCUUGGCAAUGUUUUCAUUGUCAUGAGAUUGAAAAGUUGGAAGGGAAAGGUUUCCUGCGAGCCUGUUUCUCCAAGACCUGGAAACAAUGGAAAGCUUGCGUGCAGGUGCGCAAGGUGAAUGCGCAGGAACGACUCUUGGCUGGCUUGAGUUUACCUUUUCUGCGUGACGUGGUGGGCUUACGCGAGUGGCGCGAUGUGUCUUGUCUCGACGAGAUGCUUCUGGAUGGAGCAGACCCUGAGAUCUCCGAAGAGAUGCCUGCGCAGGAGCCCGCAGGAGAAGAUGCAGAGGACCAGGGAAUUCUGUUUCCGAGCGCCUCCACACCUUCGUUCCGCCUGCACCACGAAGCACGACAGCUCAGCAGCAGCCAGAGGAGAGCCGAGCGCUUUGCUUACAUGACCAAGGAAGAGGAGGGCGAAGACGACGAUGUCGGUCCCGUGGACAUAGAAGGAUCUGAUGUGGAGAACGAUCUCGAGCACGAAGAUGCGAUAGAGCGCAUGGAUUGCGCCGAACAUCCUGUGAGCCGAGAAGCUUUGAAAGAAGUACUCUUUCGUGAGAAAGACUGGAAGCGUUGCCUGGCGGGACGCGACAACCGCACGAAGUUUGCUCUGAGCAGAUUGAAGCAAGUGGUUGAGGCCAUGGGUGGCUUGCCCAAUGUGACUGUCAACGUUGAAGGCGAGCGUCCUCUGGAUGGUGCUCUUCGUCGCGCAUGGGCCUAUGCUGAAGCACAAGACAUGUUUGACCGGCAAUCCCAGUACCUGGAGAAUCUGUCUGGAGGUGUUCCAGAUGAUGCUGAGGAGGAGUUUGUCCCGAGUGGCCUGGAAGCGAUGACUGCGACGGAUCCGUUCUUGAUGGAUCUGAACGCGCAGAAUCUGCGACCGAGGGACUAUGCCUUGAAGCUGGUGGAGGACCAAUGCUGGUGGAAAAUCAUGGGGUGGAUCGAACGACUGGAGUGCACGCUCAACGCACAGCAGAUUCGCGCUGUGGCUCCCAUUGUUUGCACGAUCGAUGAAAUGUGGGAGAAGCGCACCGAAGCAAGCACCUGCUUCGCCAAUGGCCAGCCCAGUGAGCGGUGCAACUGUCUAUGGCUUGGCGCGGGGGGCUCGGGCAAAACGUGGGCAUACACCAAAGUCUUGCGACCUUUGUUCCAGCGCUUCUUUGGCUUUGGUCGCUACACUGCCGGGGCACCGACCCACGCGGCCGCGCGGUUGUUGGGGGCAGAAGCUAGAACUCUGCACAAACUGGCGAACAUUUCCCCCAACUCCGCACUACACCGCGGCGCCAUCCGAGGGCAGCGGAACAAAAAUGAUGCCCUGGAGCAACAGAUUCUGGCGUCAUUGGCCUGCAUCGUCGAUGAGCUGUCGAUGAGCGCAGCGGAUGUAUAUCAUGCUCUUGGCCUGCGCUUCUCGGUGAAGCGCUGUGAGAACUGGGCGCUGGACCUGAGCCGCUAUCUGCAGGAGUGGUUCGGCAAGAUGCCGAUAGGGCUACAAUUGGGCGACUUCCUACAGUUGCGCCCUGCCGCCCAAGCGAGCCUCUGCGAAUGGGUGGAAGUUCCGUCAGCGGCGCUGGUUCUACCGCUGACGGAACUUCAAGAAGCCGAAGCCCCAGAGCAGGCCAGCAACGCAGCCGAGCUGGGGCGGCUCUUGUUCAAGAACUCCAUGGGCAUUGUGGUGCACUUCACUGGAACUGGGCGUUUCUCUUCUUGUGCUUCCGGCCAAGCUUUGGUGGCCAUUUUGCAGCACAUGCGGCAAGGCACCGCCAUGACGGACGCACUCUGGGCGCAACUCCAGAGUCGCGUCUACGAGGUCCAGCAACUGCAAGACCUCCAGACCGCACCUUCGCGCCGGGCGUUCUUGCGGGCCUACUGGGGUGCACUUGCCUGGGAGCAGGUUGCUCGGUUGCAACAGUUGCGAGCAGUGCUCGAGGCGGAAGACGCUGGAGAACGGCUGUACUUCGUGCAAGCCAUCGACAAGCCCACCGGCGACGCCACGCUGUCUUCCGCCCAGGUCAGCGCAGCUCUGCAGUGUUUGAACAUGACCAAGACUGGCUAUUUGAUUGGCAUGUGUCCGUUGUUUCUUGGGAUGGAAGUGCGCAUUUCGUGCAUCUUGCCGGAGCCCUUGCUGACGCGCGAGCUCCCGUGCAUAGUGCGACGCAUAGAACUACAUCCCAAAGAACCUCCGACGCCACCUGGAGCAGCUUGCGUGGUCCUGCAGUACCAGCCGCUUGGAGUCUUGGUGGAGGUCGCAGACAGUGAUUAUGGUCAGUUUCAGGUCCCUGGCGACGACGUACGCAAGGGUCAUUUCUACGUGAGGCCUGUGUUCAACAAGCAAUCGGCCUGGGUCUUUGAGGUUGCGCCCAAGCAGAAACUUCGACUUGUUCGGAAACAGGCUUGGGACGCACUAACUUGUUUUGGGCUCUCUGGUAUACAUCGUAUCGUCGUCGCGUCGGUCUGUCUUUCUCGUUUAGUUUCCUUUAUGCGCAGGUACCCUUGGCCCCACAGCGAGUGCUGACUCAUUUUGGACUGCAAGGCAUCACUGCCAGAUCUGGCCUGGUCGCUUUUCUGAAUCAACCUCCCUGGAUGAAGGAUGGAGAUUACGGUUUGGCCCUCUAUGUCAUGUUGUCGCGAGCAACGAAGUUGAGCGAUUUAUGGCUCAUUGGAGUGCCUGAGCGCCCAUAUUUCGAAGGCUUCUUGCAUGAGCACAACAAGACUUUGGUGGAUCGUAUGAGCCUGUUUGAACGUCUGUCUGUGCAGAAUGAGCAAGCUGCGGAAAAGUACAUCCAGAAGCUGCUGUGGAGGGGAAAUGCUUA